UAACAGGUUCACUGUUCGUGGAAUUUGUCUAGUGGCGCUAUUGUUGUGGACACUGACCAGUUUGAUUACUGUAUGGAAAUUUCUGGAUGGUGGUUUGAUAAUCACAUUUCAGCACCCCAGUCCCGGAUCUCUGUCAAUUACAAGACAAAUACAUACAAACGUGUCAUCCACAAAUUUAGUUCUUGACAUGGGAAUCAGUGAAAAGGAGUGGGAUAGACUCCAAAAGGCUCUUGACUGGGCAAGUUCAAAUCAAGAAAUCACUGAGCUAAAGCUGAGCACAAGUCCAGUUCACACAACAUUCUCUAUUGUGGGACUCAAUAAAACCUACAGAGUUGGACAAAAGAUUAAUGUUAUUAUUACAGCGAGAGAUCACAACAAGAACUUGAAAUCAUACGGAGGCGACUUUUUCCAAGCAAAGCUUUUCAACUCCAAAUUAAAGGCAAGUGUUUUUGGGAAAGUUGAUGAUCAUCGUAAUGGGACGUACACUGUUGAUCUUCUGCUACCCUGGGAAGGUCAGGCACAAGUGUCUGUGCGACUGGUCCACUCCAGCGAAGUUGUGCAUAUUAUUAAAAAAUACAGGGACUCCUCAUUCCCACGGAGUCUUUAUUACGGUUACUUUGAAGGGUCAGGACCAAAAGGAAUCAGGAUUAAAGAAAAAGUAGAAUGUAGUCUUAAAUGGGGCUCAGAUGGAAGUUGGACUAAAGGCAACUGCUGCUGUGAAUAUAAGGAUGUAAAAACAGGAACGGAAUGGCAGUGUGAGAGACCAAAUAAACUGACCUGUGACAAAUGGGUGCAUCAUGAAAGAGGGGCUUUGAAAGACCCAUCAAAUAAAUUUGAACAAGAACUUUUUUCAAGAAAAUUAACAAAUGUUGAUAUUCCUGGAGACAAUCAUAACAUAAAUGUUGUUCAGAACCCUACAAGCAAUGGCAAAUCAGAGAAAUGCAGAUCUGGUUUGACUACACCAGUACCUGCAGGGUUUUAUUUUAAAGAUGUCUGGAAGUCUUUUGUAUGUAACACUCAGGAAUUCAGUCCUGCACAAAUGGGAAAUUGUCUUAAAAACAAGAUUGUUUACCUGUUUGGAGACUCUACCACAAGGCAGUGGUUUGAGUAUUUAGAAAAAAAAGUGCCAGGGUUAAAACGAAUGGACCUCCACACUCCUCGAACUGGUGGACCCCUAAUGGCUGUAGAAUUAAAAAACAACAUCAUUGUUCACUGGAGGCCACAUGGUGUUCCCUUGAGAUUCACUAAAAUGUUAAUUACAGAUCUGCAUUAUAUCAGCAAUGAUAUCGAUGAAAUAGCUGGUGGUGCUCAUGCUGUGGUUGUCAUCACAUUUUUUGCCCAUCUGGUUUUUCACCCACUAACAUUUUAUGUCCAUGAAGUGGCCAAAAUUCGUCAGGCUGUUCUUGCACUGCUGAGCCGAGCACCAGCGACUACUGUGAUUAUCAAGUCUGGCAAUACUGGAGGCUUUAAGAAUAUUUUUCAAAGCGACUGGCUUGCAUUGCAGUUGAACACAGUGAUGAAGGAGAUGUUCAGUGAUAUUAAUGGAGUGGUCUACUUAGAUGUCUGGCAGAUGACUUCAUGUCAUUAUUUGCGUGAAAACAUUCACCCUGGUCCUGUUAUCAUUGCUAAUCAGAUGAACAUGUUUCUGUCAUAUGUCUGCCCUCCCUGAUUAUAUAUAUAUAUAUAUGUGUGUGUGUGUUUAUACAUACAUACAAAUUACAAAAGUAUAGUUAAGUGUAAUUUAGUUUUACUUUUGUUCGUUACAACGUAACAUGUACAUACACAAAAACUGUAUUUCUAAAUAAAAGAAAUGUAAAAAUAAAAGAACAUAUGUAGAAUCGAAAUUGCCUUUAUUUGUGAGUAAAUGCAAAUGUAUGCAUAUGUGAUGGACUGUUGUUCCAUACCUGCGGUCUUAAAUGCUGGGAUAGACUCUAGGGCCCAGUUGCAUAAAGCACCUCAAGUGUAAUUUUCCCUUAAGUUCACCCUUAUGUUUCCAUUAAACUUUUUU